AUGGCGGCGGCACGAGCGGCGGUGGCACUGGUGGCAGCGACGCGGGUGGCGGCGGCCACGGCGGCCUCUUCACGGACCCCCGCCGGGGCAUGUGCAAGAGGCAGAGGGAUUCCGAUCGUUUCCGCGUUGUCUGGGGCUGCAAGAGCUGCAAGGCCGAGGACGAGGACUGCUACUGCAAGGCCGAGUGCCCGGAGCGCACGAAGUGGGUCGGCGGCGGCGAGCAGAACACGAGGCUUCGGUGCAUCACCAAGAGAGGACCUGAGGUUAAGGUCACCAUCGUGGCUGCUUGCGAGGAGAUCUAUCCAGGCAGAGCAGUGCACGAACAGCAGCGUUAUGGAGGACGGCAAGGAGAUCCCCUGCUGCUAUAGAAAGUCCGGCUUCUCGGACGACAACACCAUCACCUGCGCUCGGCAGGGCAAUCCGCUGAUCACGCAGGAGAGGAGGCCCCAGGUCUGCACCGAGCGGGUGGAGUCGCAUUGGGAGCCGCUGCCAGAGUGCAGGCUGCUGUGCGACCAAGGCCCUCUGGCUUCUGCGCCCCACGUGACAGUGAGCGAAGAGUGCGGCGAUUGCAUUGUCAACCAAGAGGACUGCAAAUGCAAGGUGACGUGUGCACCGGGAUACGUGCGAGUCGGAGGCGGUGCGGUCGUCGGCACCAGGAGUUGCGGCCAGGACCUGUCGUACGGCGACGCCCCCGUCUGCCGACAGGCCCUUCCCGGGGAGAUGACGGGCAACGCCGAAGACGGUGGCGGUUCUGGUGGCGACUCUGGAGGUGACUCUGGUGGCCACUCUGGGGGCGGCUCUGGUGGCGACUCCGGUGGCCACUCCAGCCACAUACCCAAGGGCGUCGUGCCCCCGAUUUGCCCAGUUCCUCAAGUCGAGGCCAUGACCGUGGAAGGCUGCGAAGAGUGCGCUGCGGGUGACCACGACUGCGUGUGCGAGAUGCGCUGCUACUACUACUACUCCGACAUGGAGGACCCCGAGCGUGAGUUACCCCAGAUAUGCCAGCCCGACGGGGAGAGCGAGCUCCACGCGGGAAAGUCAUGCACGGGCAUCGAGAGCGAGGAGGAGUGUCUGUCGAGCAGGGACCGCGAGCUCAACACGACCUGCUGCUGGCGCAGCGGGGGCCAUGCCGAGGAUGGCAAAGCUCGGUGCGCACCCUUCGGCUGGAAGGACAUGCGGUACGCACCCGACAGUUGUGCCCACGUGCUGAAAGCGAGUUUUCGCCCGCCCAAGUGCGAUCCGCUUUGCAUACAACCGUGGGAGCUCGAGGAGAAGCACGUGGAAAUUGAGGGUUGCGAGCGCUGCGUGGCUGGCCAGGAGUGUCCCGAGUGCAAGCUGACCUGCGAAGGAGACCAUGUGGUCCUGGCAGGGCGCUCAGGCCGGACAUCUUGCGAGACGUCGGACCGCUAUUUCCAGUUGCCGACGUGCGUCUGCCCGCCAGAUAAGGCCGAGUCUUGCGCCAAAGAGCAGCUCAGGUGCGAGAAGUUGUCGCCUUUGUUCAAAUCUAGAUACGGCAGGGUCAAGGGGUGCGGCGAUUGCGAUCCUGGCGACGAGUGCGAGUGCGAGAUCACUUGCAAGGAGACCGACAAGCUAAUCGGAGACAACAGCCCGAAAUGCGAAAAGGUUCCAUUGACCCUGGCCAGCAAAAAGGCGUGCAAGGACAUAACCGACGAGGACGAGUGCUUGGCGAGCAAGGAAGAGGGCACGGAAAACGAUUAUUGCUGCUUCCAGGAGUCAGGGUCGGGAGACCAGUGUGUGGCCAGCAGCAAGGCUGAGGGUCAGGUCAGGUGCGCUGUCGGCCUAAUGGGCAAGUGGACGAACCUUCCCGUCUGCAAGCGCAAGUGCAUCAACGUCUUCGCCCACCGCCCAGAUCUCAAGGCUGAGAACUGCGACGACUGCGCCGCGGACGCGGAGUGCCGCUGCAACGUGACCUGUGCAGAGGGUUGGGAGCACUACGGCGGAGAGCAGGGCCCCAAGAAGUGCUCGGGCAGAGGAGCGUUCGACAGCGCCCCAGUCUGCGGCAGGCCCGAGGCGCCGCCAGAGUGCCCGAGCCCAGAGGCCAGCCUCGAGGUAAGCCCGGCGUGGGCCAUCUUCAAGACGAACGUCGAGUGCGUCGACUACACGAGGGUGCGCACCAGCGAGACGCUGGCUGGCUGCAAGAAGGCGUGUGAGAACUACGGGGUCUUGGCAUUCUGGGAGGAGGGCCGCUGCGACUGCUGCAGAAGCGACCGGAUGAGUCAACCCCAGGCGGGCGCCAGACUUCCGAGCACCGACGUGUACGUGAAGGGCCCGCUGCAGUCUAAUGGCUGCUCGGGGUGCACCGCAGGAGGCGACUGCCCUAGUUGCAGCGUUAGUUGUGCCAAAAACUUCGCGCUGGUGACGCAAGAGUCCUUGCACGGCGGCCAUCCCCAAUGCAUCGCGGCCGACAUCGGCAGGGGGGCGGCAAUAUGCGAGAAUGCUAAAGUCAAGACAGAUUGCUUGACGAUGGAACAAGACGGCCAACCAUGUUGCUGGGAAGGCACGAAGUGCUUGAGAAAGGGGUCCUCGAUAAUAUCUAGCAUGGCAAACUUGCAGUGCGCCCCGAUGAAGGUGGCACGUUGGACGGGCCUCCCCGAGUGCACGGCGGUGUGCUACAACGACUUCCAUGAGGCUGACCACGUCAUUGCCACCAACUGCGACAAAUGCAUCCCAGGGGACGAGCACUGCCCUUGCAGAGUGGCGUGCGAGGAGGAUUUCGCAAUGAUAGGCCAGCAGAUCUCUGAGCGCAGCUGUUCUGUGGACAGCCCGAAGAUGAACCCUGCGCCGGUAUGUAUCAAGGAGGAACCGCUCAAGUGUCCGUCGCCAGACCUCCGGAAGGACAAUUGGAUCGACAAGUGGCGAGGCGUCUCCUGGAGGCAGGGGCUGCAGAUGGCUGGCUGCGACUGCACCCCAGACCAAGCCGAGCCCUGCGAGUGCGACAUGACGUGCACUCCCGGCUACAAGCUCGUGAACGGCUCGGAGGGCGAGAAGAGGUGCGUCAUCAGAGAGGCGCAGGACUUUUUGCAGGAGCGGCAAUGCAGCAAGAUCGCCAGCCAGGAGGACUGCCUCCAGUCGGCCUGGAAGGGCGAGCAGUGCUGCUGGUGGCCAGGGAAGCUCUGGGGAGGGAAGUGCGGGCUAACCAGCGACAACAUCGUGGAGAGGUUUUUUACCUUGCGCGGCGGCAACCCCUGGAAGUGCACCCCGCUGAGGAUGGCGGAGUGGGAGGACCUCCCAGUCUGCCACCACAAGUGCGACCCUGCCGCGCUCGACCUCGGCUCCCGACUGAAGGCCGUGGGCUGCGACAACUGCACGGCCGGCCAAAAAGAUUGCCCGUGCUACAUCACUUGCAAGGACGGCCUCGGAGACCGCAACGGGGACGCCGGCGUGCUGCGGAGGAUGACGUGCAUUGGGGACGACUUGAAAGCCGAGUGGGCCAACAACUAUGACCUGCAUCUCCUCUGGAGCAGCUGCAAGAGCGAGUGCUCCCCGCUCGACUCGCAGAGGGGCACCAUUGACCUGGCGCAGUGCCCCAAAACUAACAUCCUCAUGGAAGGGGAGAAGUGCAUGGUCAGGUGCCGCCGCGAAAACAACAUCCAGCGGGUCGGCGGCGCGCCAGAGGGCAGUUGGGUGCAGUGUGGCAGGUCCCGGCUGCCUCCCUACGACCUAGAUGUACCGCAAGCGCAGUUCCCUGUCUGCGCGCCGAUCUGCGAAAGGCCCGAUGACCAGUAUGGGAAAUUAGACGUGCGGUUGUGUUCCGCGCGGUGUACUGGGAACCAGCAGUGCAACUGCGACGUUCGUUGCAAGGGCGCCAAGAGCGGAGGUGGCGCCACGGGCAAGAAGAGAUGCAAGCUCUUCCCCGGUAACGACACGGUGGACGCUUCGGCCGCGUGGGUGGACGCCAACCUCGAGAUGGAGGACCGCGUGUCCUUCACCCUGUCCGUCGAUGUCGACAGCGAGACGGGAAAGAGGCGAUCGGAGGAACAGUGGGAGUCGGUGGUCAGGCUCGCAAUCUCUGACGCGCUGGGGUACAACGUGAUGCCCUCCGACGUGGAGGUCGGCAUCAGCUGGCUGGGCUCGAAGCUGCAGGUCGGCGCAAAAGUUUACAGCGGGGCGAGUGGCCAGCAGGUGAAGGCCAUCGUCGAUGGUGGGGGGUUGAAGGAUGCCGUUGCGGCCGCUUUGGGUAUGCCAGAGACAUCAGGAAUGACGGGCUUCGGCGUCGCGAACGUCAAGCUGCUUCCAGCAGCACAGGGCUGGAACCAGCUCCCGCAGUGCCUCCCGCCCAUCACUAUCGAGGUGGUGAGUGCCCAGACGAACAAGGCCGUGUACGGCGCGGAGAUCAGCAUCUACCCCGACGAGGCCCGCACGCCAGGCACGGAGACGCUGACUGCCAAGACUGCGAUGAAUGGCAGGGUAAGCUUGGCGACGGAGGGCAGCUUCUACACGGUGACUUUUCCGAAAUAUGCCGCGGCCUCUGGCUUUUUCGACAGGAGCACAUGUGGUGCAAGCCAGAGCUCCUGCAGCUUCAAGGUGGCAAUCUCUCCAGAGAUGCCUGGUCAAGAGAUAGAUCUUCAGGACUGCACCUUCGUAGGGAAGGCGCCCAACAACCCUCAGUUUAUGCUUCGGGCGGUGCUGACCUGGGAUAAAAGGCCAGCGGACUUGGAUAUCUGGGCAAGGAGCUUGGAUUGUGCCAGGGACAUCUGGGAUAAGUACAGCUGUAACCCAGGGAGCAGCAGGUGCCAGUACCUGUUCACAAGUCCGAAAGUAUUGAGGAGGCACGAUCGCUGCAUCGUUCGAAGCGGCGGCAGUAAGAAAGCAAGCAAGACCACCAACCAGCUCCCUCAGUGGGCACACUGGUACAACAAACGGGUCGACACAUUGAACCGGGACGAGAGGAGGCCUUGGGUGGAGUCGAACUACAUCAAAUUGGACGUGGACGAACGGAACGGGUUUGGGCCCGAGACUGUCACGUUCGGGAACCUCCCCCCUGGCACGUACCAGAUUGUGGUGGACACUUUUACCAACGGGUACGCAGACAUUCGAGUGGGCCGCCCCGUGGUCACUCUAUAUUUGGGUAGAUCCAGCAUCCCCUUCAAGUGCACAAUUUCUCCGUCGUGCACCGCUGCAUCGAGAGUUUGGAAUGUCGUGAACAUCGUGAUCGAGGAGGUGAGCAGGAACUCUACGUCAGAGACGUACAGGGUCCGCCUGAAGGACAGCAGGGCGAAUAUGGAGAAGCUGCAUCUGCUGGAUGUCGUCACGAGCUCUAGUUUCCAACUGCGGCAUGGCUACAGCGACAGGUACCUCCAGAACGUCUGCUUCGGAGCGUGCGCACCCGCGGAUGGGCGCGCGGGCGGAGGCCGGGGCUCGACCUCUUCGGGCUGCGUCGACCACGGGGCCGCGUAG